AUGGCCGGCGUACCCGUCGAAGCCUUCCGCAAGCUCAUGGUCUCCGGAGCGCAUUCAGACUUUGCGAUUCGAUCCCGAGGCGUCGAGUUCAAAGUCCACAAGAUCAUUCUCAUUACGGCAAGCGACUACUUCAAGGCUGUCUGCGAGCGAGGUUUCAAGGUGGAGGAAACGGACGGUGCGGUAACGCUCGACGAUGACGAUCCAGAGAUCCUCGCCCGGGUCAUCGAGUUCCUCUACACCGGCGACUACUCAGCACAGCGACCCAAGGAUUUCGAGCCGCUACUCAAGCGACAUAUCAAGGAUUCACCAGUGCUCAUCGAGGCGCCUUCCGUAUGGUUCACACCGCUCAAGUCUGCGCCGCUCGGCAGCCAACCAUCACCUGCCCACCCUGCCGGUACGCCCACAGCGCCCAGCACUGGUAGUAGGGCUCCCGACAACCGCAGUUUCUCCUUUUCGUCUACAGCUACUCCCAGUGGGGGUAGACCCUUCUCGACUUCGGCCUACAACUUCGACACGAUCCCAUCAAGCAAGCUAGCUCAAGUAUCCGCUGCACUAACAGUCCACACCACUGUAUAUGCAUACGCCGACCGCUUCGACGUCGCCAACCUGCGAGACCUGGCCUGCCAGCGGUUCGAAAAGGACUUUUGCGAGGCCAGACCCGCCAGGGCGCGGCUUGCCGAGAUCUUCAACCUGGUCUACGAGUCCACCCGCCCAAACGACCUGCGGCUGCGGCUCUUUGUCACCAAGGAGGCUAUCCUGGGCCGUGAAACCACCUCGCGUGACAAGACCUUCUGCGAUGUCAUGCGCAAGCACGAGCCAAUCGCGUGGGCUCUGGGCAUAGAAACGGCGGCUCAGCCAGCCAACGUCUACCGAUUUUAG